AUGGCAGCUCCGAUAUGGGCCUCAAGCAUUUUGCUGCUUGCAGCCGCGAUCCGCCAGAAUGUCGACAAGGAGCUCGCGGCUGUUCCAUGGACGGUGCACCGGUCUGGCGCAUUCGGAUCCGAGUUCCUCCGUGGGAGGAACCGCGGAGGGAGCGAAUCUGAGCUCGACCCCGAACGGCUGGCCCUGUAUCGUCGGGGACCGGCGAUCCGUCAGCCGGACUUGGGCAACCUGAGCGCUGGAUGCCGUCGGCAGCUGGGAGGUCUCGUCGAGGACCUUGAGAAGAAAUGUGCCGAGACACAGGACGAAGCGGCGGAAAAGGAAGGCAUCUUCAGCUGUGAAACCAGUGCCUGGGACCUCUUCACAUGGGGGGAGGCCCUGGCGGAGGCCUUGAGCAUCUCCAGCCCGGAGCUCGAGGCCAGGCGGCGAAGCGACGUCCCAGUCCCCGUCGAGGCAGAGGAGGCCCUGGAGAGGUUGGCUUCGUGGUUUCAGCCACUCGCCAAUGCCCCCAGGGAUGCGCUGCUUUGGGCGGGUUUUUGGGACGGAGAGCCAACGGGCCGAACCAAUAAGACGGCCCUGUUGAAGUUCGCUGACUUGAUGGAAAGACAGACGCUUCAUCCGAGCACCCCGCUCGGGAGCCUCAUCAGCAAGUGGGAAGAUCUGAAUCACUGCUACGGCACCGAUACCAGGGAUCUCAUGAACAACUUUUGGAGCUUUGCCAGCCUCUCCUUCGUCGCCGGGUUAGCACUCGUGCGGCAGCAAGGGGUUCUGGCCCUGGUCAACAAAGAGAUGCGAGGGCCGCGCCGCCUUGGCGAGUCAGUGCUUGCGAGGCACGAAAUCCCCAGCAUCGGCCUCGCGAUCAUCGAAGCUGACUGGGCUCCCCAUGUGGUGCUCGUGGAUCUGAAGGGUACCUGCAGUGUGACCAGCAGCUUCCUGCAAUCGCAGCUGCUGCCAUCAGUGCAGAAAUUGGAGCGGCACUUUCUUGUUGACCUGGAUUCCUUGGACUCCGUUCGACUCUUCAAGCCGUUUAAGAGGAUGCGCUGGACUUGCGUCGACUGUGCAGAGGCCUCCGGCUGCAGCCUCGAUGAACGACUCGCGACCUUCCUCCAGAAGGAGCUGUUGUCGAAGCCGGACGGGAUCUGA